AUGGUUCCGCGGGGGGCGGUGACAGCGAGGGGGGAGCGCGGCCCCUUUAAGAGCAGCGCCGCCAUGAUCUGCCUGGUGCUGGGGCUCUUCGCCGGCCUCUUCCACAAUGCCCUCGGCGGGGUCCAUGAACGAACCUUCGUGGCCAUCAAACCGGACGGGGUGCAGCGGCGCCUGGUGGGGGAGAUCAUCCGGCGCUUCGAGAGGAAGGGGCUGCAGCUGGUGGGGAUGAAGCUGCUGCAGGCCUCGGAGGAGCUGCUGAAGGAACACUACAGCGCCCUGCGGGACCGGCCCUUCUACGGCCGCCUGGUGAAGUACAUGAGCUCCGGGCCCAUCGUGGCCAUGGUCUGGCAGGGCCUGGAUGUGGUGAAAACCGUUCGCUCCAUGAUCGGGGAGACCAACCCAGCUGAGUCCAGGCCUGGCACCAUCCGAGGAGACUUCUGUGUUGAAGUUGGCAAGAACGUGAUCCAUGGCAGUGACUCAGUGGAGAGCGCCCAGCAGGAGAUCUCGCUGUGGUUCCGGCCCGAGGAGCUGCCGUGCUGGGAGGACACGGCUGCACACUGGAUCUACGAGUGAGCAGCAGGCCCAGGGCAGCUCAUCCUCCUGCUGGGACACAGCACAUUUCCAUCCAUCUCCUGGCAGCUGCUGGGCUGGCUGCAGAUCCUCUGUGGGAUUCCUCUUCUGCCUGUGGAUGCUGGGAGCUGGGCUGUGUGUGGAACUCUGCUCCAUCUCCUGCCAAGGGCAGCUCUUUGUUUUUUUUCUCUCUCUGCUCUAGUAAGUAGUUGGUGUUGUUGCUCUGUUUGCUGCAGCAUCUUAAAUCCCAAGUAGCUCAAGCUGAUUAAUUGUAGCAAAACUUGGGCUCUUGGCUCAUUCCUGGGUGUUCUCAUCCCUGCCUGGAGCAGGAGAAUGUGUUUUCCUUGCUGCUGGGAGAGGUGCUGGUCACAAGGUGAUGGGCUUGACAAUUUACCUGCUUUUCUAGAAGGCUUUUCACCAAAGGCUCUUAAAAAAUCAGGCUGAUGUCGGAUAAGGGAGCAAAUUCUCAGUUUGGAGUUCAUUCCAAGACAAGGAAUGAAGGAUGGGACAGUUCUCUCUCCCUUGGUGGGAGCCCUGGGUGCUGGGCUGGCAGAGCUCACCCAGUUUCUGAUGUGAUGAGUGAGUCCAUGGAAGGAAGAUUCUCCAAAUGCUGCUAAACACACAAUUCCUCAGGCUCUGCUUCCUGGGCUGUGGCUGUGAGUGGGAAGCAGCUCCUUCAGGUCUGCUCUGGUUCUCUGGGGCCAGAAAGACACAGAAACAGCCUGACCCUGCAUGGCCCUGACCCAGCCUGACACCAGCCUGUCCCUCCCUGGUCACUGAUGUGAGGCAGCAGCCACAGGAACAGAAGGGGGAGAGGGGGCAGGGAAGGGUUUGUGGAUCUGGG